AUGGGGGAGUCGAGCAUUGUGGCAAAAAUUUUGAUAACGCCGCUCCCCCCUGAAGGGGUAAUCAGGCACCCUGAUGAAGGCAGCACCCACGACUUGCCUGUCCAAGGUGUACCAGCGCAGGGCAUCCCAGUUGGGAACGCCAUCGGCAGCCCUGUUGUGGGAGCUCCAGUGGGAAAUGCUGUUGGUCAUCCUCCCUUUUACACAGAGUACCAGACACAGCGAUCUGUCCGAAGAGAAUACGACCCUUGGGGGCCGAUGCCAGACCCUUGCUGCAACGCGUACUGGGUCAUGUUCCUCGUGGGGCUCGUCGUAUUCCCUCCCGCGCUGAUGUGCGGGAUGGUCGGCAUCUGCUCUGAUAGGAGGAACGAGCGGAUAGCUGGCAUCGUCAGCGCAGGGGCUGUCAUUGUGUGGAUGGGGCUGCUUGCUGCAGUUUUUAUUGCCUGA